UUUGUUACUAAACAAAAAAAAGGUGUCUCUCUAUUUCAUGGAACAACACAAUCUUUCAGACACUGAUCAGUUUUUGACUCUGGGCGCCACAUCGGACGAGUCACAGAGUCCUAAGGAAGCAGCGCCGUAUGUCAGCGCCGCCGACAAUAACAACAAUGCUGUUAGCGCAGUUAACGUUGCAACUGGUCCUGGUUCUGGUUCGGAGCUGGUUGUGGCCGUAGCAAACUCCGAUGCUGUAGGUUCGGGAUUGGUGGUGAAGCGAGGAAGGGGUAGGCCUCGGAAGAGCGAGGAUGUCGGGAGCACGGCGUCUCCGUUGAUGGCGGUGGUGCCGCCGCCGCUGCCAGGUCUUUCCGAUCAGACCAAGAGAGCAAGGGGACGCCCUCGUGGCUCUGGGAAACUGCAGGUUAUAGCUUCCAUUGGUGGGUUUCUGGCAGAAACAGCAGGGCGAAGCUUCAUACCUCAUGUUCUGACUGUGCAAAUUGGAGAGAAUUUGGUUGAAACGAUAAUGUCAUUUUUUGAGAAAGGCCCGCUAUCGGUUUGCAUACUUUCUGCUACUGGUGCUAUUUCAAAUGUGACCAUUCGUGAACAUGCUGGUUCCAAUCAUAUUACGAGAUUUGAGGGUACCUUUGAGAUACUGUCAUUAUCAGGAGCUUGUACCUUCGUUGGUGGUAUUAAUGGUCCAGUUCGUACAGGUGGAUCGUUGAGCAUUUCAAUGGCUAGAUCUGAUGGAAAUGUUUUGGGGGGAAUUCUUGAGAGUGCAUUGGUAGCAGCUUGCCCUAUUCAGCUUGUAAUGGCCACUUUCAAGCAAAACAUCAACAGUCAGUUCAAGAGGAAACAAUUGUUAGAAUUUUCGAAUGGCCCCCUUAUGCUGGAAAGUCCAGAUUCAGAAAGAGGUAAAAUGAAAGUUCCAAAGUUGACAGAAGGAGAGAGAAGUUGUUCUUCACAACCAACAGAACUUGUUCGAACAACAGAACCUAGUUGUGUAGCGGAUAGUGUGUUUUCUGCCACACCAAAUGGAGUAGCAGGUAGUGCUACUAAUAUGCACUCUGCAUGUGUUAUUGGUGUUGAUAUGGACAACCAGGCACCGCAGUCUGCAUCAGAUGAUUCAGAUCAGAAGACUUCUGCAGAAGUGAAUGCAAAUGUUAUAGAGUUAUGAAACUAUCUGUUAUAGCCUCUUUGUUUGUAGUUUUCAAUGUGGAGAUUAAGUUUUCUGUUUUCUGGUUUAUGCCAGAGGUUAAUCAUUUAUAGUGUAUGACUUUGAAGAAUUGUUCAUCUAGUUAGUCAGCAUUGUAACUAAAAAACAAUAAAGUUCCUUUUGAUUAAUGUGACAGUUUUUUCUGUGA